GUAACGUCCGCUGACUUCAGCCCAGCGUCUCGAUCACCACUGUCUUGUUUAAAAUUUUAUGUUUCUCCUUCGUUUUAGCAUAAAAGAUGGCGUCUAUCGAAGAUAUGGAUGUGGACAGGGAGCAAGAAAAAGAUCCAAAUAACAAACCCGACAAGAUGUUUACUCUUAAAAAAUGGAAUUUGGUUGCUAUGUGGAGUUGGGAUGUCGAAUGUGAUACUUGUGCUAUUUGUAGGGUCCAAGUCAUGGAUGCUUGUUUACGAUGUCAGGCAGAAAACAAACAAGAUGAUUGUGUUGUUGUGUGGGGUGAAUGUAACCAUUCCUUUCAUAAUUGCUGCAUGUCUUUGUGGGUUAAACAGAACAACAGAUGUCCAUUAUGCCAACAAGAGUGGGUUGUACAAAGAAUUGGAAAAUAGUGAUUGUGCUAUGCAGGACAAUAAAUGAUCAUUUGAUUCUAGGUGUGAAUCAUAUUUAGCAAAUUGGGCUUCACUAUAACCAGAGGUAUACUGAAUCUCCCAUAUAUUAUAAGGGGCUUCAGUAUAAUACUGCUGGGAGCUGUGUGGACCCCACAGGCUUCUACCUUAUAGUGAGGUCUGUGUAUAUUGAAGACUGUAGAAUCCAAGUUAAAUAAUCGGGGGCCCCAGAAAUCUAAAAAUAACAGCACAACUUAGUGUAAAGCGGUGGACACACUGGACGAAUCAUUCACCACAGAAAUUUGCCUAGUGUCUCAAGUAUCAUUCAAACGAAUUUCUAUUGGCCCAAAUCAAACAUGUUUGUUAUAUUCAUCUAGUAUGUCCGGUUCGCCAAAGCAUUCGUCCGUUUUUUUAGAAUUCAGUAGCCAAUCACCACUGAUGUCGAGAAGUCACAUGAUUGUUUGAAGACAUGGUCGCUGCCAUGUUUAGUCAUGUGACGUGAAUGGUGAUGCAAUCAACUGGUGAAACGGGCGGAGAAUUCAUCUAGUGUGUCCCCUCAUUCUGCGCAGUUAAUAUUUUUCAGUAACUUUGCUUUGUGACUUUGUACAUGAUUACCAAUUUGAAUAUCUCUCAAUAUGUAUGGAGUAUGGAUGAAUCAAAAUGAGAUGCCUCAGUCAUAAUUUGAAAGGGUUUUAGGAGCUCUGCUUUCCAAACAAAAUUCCCUUUCUUGGCAUAGUAAAAUUAGCAUAUAUUUUAAAUAAAUGUUGUGCCAAGCUUAGUGUGGCAAAAAAUCCAGCAGAUGUUUUAAUCUCAUUUUGAAAAUCCAGUAGAUGGAGAAUGCAAUCUUGCUAUACAAAAAUGGUAUUUUGUGUAGAAUUUCGCAAGAGUGUACAUACAGUUUUUACUACAUUAGAUUACAAUACAAAAACCUGAUAAUCCUGAAAUGAUUGUUGGAAUUCUGAAAAGAACUGGAUAUUAGAUUUUAACCUAACAAUCCACACUUACAAUUGUCAAUGGAUCUAGCAAAAAACGGAACAGAUUCACAGACGUGUAAGUGAAUUGAUAUAUGUAUAGAUAGAUAGAAUAAGACAUACACAUGAUACAUCGUAUUAUGUUGUUAAUGUCCAGGUAUUUGGGUGUAAAGUCUGGACAGGUUUCUUAGUUUUGUCAAGGUAUGGUAUAAAGAAUGUUGAUGCUAAAACUGUCCAGCUUAUUCCUUUAUCUCACCCAUUGUCAUCCUGGCUAAAAUAUUUUAUGGCAAAAAUGGUCCCUCUUUUGUGCCACUGUGUUAAGUGUGUGAUUAUCUAAAUCAUUAUUGCUAGUGUCAAAUCAUCUCUUCAUUUAAAGAUGGUUUUAGACUGCAGUGUAAACAUUGAACGAAAAGAAAAGACAGAAAGUGUAAUAUUAAUUAAACCUUCUUACUUUUCCAUUAUUUUGUAAUCAUAUUUAAUGACAACCUACAUGUAUGUUGUAUUCAUAUUUAUAAUUCAUUGACAGCUGAUGUGUAUUUGUUUUGUUAUGUUUUUGUCAAAAUAUGUACAUUGUUUUUAAAAUUGUAAAUAAAAGUACGUUGUGAUUCUAUGAAA